AUUGAGAUGCUGACAUAUCUAAUUCAUUUGUUAUGUCAUCCUAGUCUCUCACGAUGGGCCUCUUUUGAGCUAAGGUCAGUGAUUUCCAAGGUCUCGCUCACUCCUUACUUUUUCGUCCUUGGUUGAAUUUCAUCACGGCGACACCUAUGCUAGGGACAACGAGGUAAUUGGGAGAUUUAGGCUUGCAAAAAUGGUCGCAAGACAAGUAUGUUCAACGUCAAAGAUGGAGGGUUAUGAAAUAUUGGAUCUUCAUGCCGUCAUUACCUCAAAUCUACGUAUUUGAUAUUUAGCUGUGGGGCGUUGGUUCAUAUUCCUUAGGAUUUGGACAGACUCCCUCCUCAACUGUCGUCUUGAUCAGGUUAUAAUGGCAAUAUGACAGCAAGAGGAUUACUAUUUAUGGGAAUAAUUGCCCUCUCGAUUGCUCAGAAUGGAACAACCCUUUUCGACUACGUGAUAGCCGGAGCUGGUACAGCGGGUCUUCUUUUAGCUGUCAUCCUUUCUGAAAACCCCAAUAUCACAGUCUGUGUUCUAGAAGCAGGCGGCGAUGGGAGAUACGAGAGCAACAUUACAGAUCCAGAGCUAAGAGGUACAGCUGCAUCGUAUUAUAUACAACCCUAUACAACCCCAUUACUCACCAUGUCAGGGUCAAUCCAGCAUACCGAAUAUGACUGGCAAUUUUGGACGACGCCCCAACCUGGUCUAGACACGGGAGCUCAGCCUGUGCCUAGGGGUAAAGUGAUUGGCGGUACAUCUUCAAUGAACUGGAUGAUACACAAUCUGGACAGCAGAAUACAGUUGGAUAUCUGGGAAUCGGUUCUUAACCUUACUGGCUGGAACUUCGAGACCUUAUACACAGCCUACCGACAAUCAGAAAAGAUGUAUGGACCGCCGAACAAUAUAUCUCAAUAUUUCACGUAUGAUCCUGCGUAUCACGGUGGUCACGGUUAUAUCCAAUCAAGUUUCCAACGGAGCGUGCUUAACCUGUUCCCCCAAUUCCUUAACCCUACGUUACUGAAUUCCGGUUACCGGGUUCCUCCAGAUCGAAACGGGGGCGAUGCGAUUGGUGGUGGAUUCUUGCCUCUAGCUAUCGAGCCAUCUGCUUACACUAGGUCAUAUGCUGGCUCUGCGUAUACCAUGGCCGAAGGAAGAUCAAAUCUUCACGUCCUAACUAAUAGCCAAGUGACGAGGAUUGACUGGAAGGAAACUGCUCCUAAUGCUUCAAUCUCUGCAGCAGGACUUAGUUAUACUGACCGAGAGUCCGGAUCUAAUUUAACCUCCCAUGUGAAUGGUCGACAAGUUAUAAUCAGCACCGGUUGCAUUCAAUCAUCACAGAUUUUGGAACUUUCAGGCGUCGGUGAUCCAACAAUAUUGACCCCUCUCGGGAUCACGCCGAAGAUAAAUCUCACAAACGUUGGUGUAGGAUUGAGAGACCCGCCAAUGAUGAAUUAUCCUCCUAUCUCCUAUGGACUCGACAUCAACCUUACCGGGGGUGAAUUCGUCCAGAAUUAUAUCCAGCUAGAAAGCGCUCGCAACAUGCUCAGCGACGAUGACUACACGGCAGCAUCGCAAUGGCUCAAUUCAAACAACAGCAUUCCAGGACUCCCAGAUGCCCAACUCCAAGUUUUCAAAACGCUCUGGUUCACGGAUCAACCCCUUAUAGAAAUGGCAUGGCAAUUCAAGGAACCCAAAGUCACCCCGUACAAUCUCCUACCGCUUAGCCAAGGCACAGUUCACAUUAAUAGCAGCGAUCCGCUUGCCCCUCCUAUCAUCGAUCCGAAUUACAACAGAGUCAUUGCCACUGUCAACGGCACGGCAGUCGAAUGGGACAUGUGGUUCCUCGCCAAAGCCGCACAAUUCUGGGAAACGAAAAUAGCCACGACGCCACCUAUGAGAGAUAUCAUUACGUCAGUCGACCCCCCUUUUGAUAUCCCCUUCGAUCAAUACUACGAUAUCGUCAAGCAGCGAACCGGUACUUCCGAGCACCUCACAGGCGGCAACCCGAUGCUUUCGCAGGGAGCAGGGGGUGUAGUCGAUACGUCGCUAUUGGUAUACGGUACCGACAAUGUGAGAAUCGUAGACGGCUCGGUCUUCCCCUAUCAACCAUCUGCCCACCCUAUGGGUUUGACUUAUGCGCUGGCGAUGAGAGCAGCCCAAUUGCUCCAAGAGCUGCCUGAUGGUGGCGGACUUACACCAUCUCUGCAACUUCCGCAGAGUAAUUCUAGCACGAACGCAACUGCAGUUUUUGGGGAACGGCACUAGUAGUGGAGGUACCUACAUGUGAUAAUUGUGUCACGGUGAAGGACCUAGAAGGCGGGGAAAGGUAAUACGUUGUUGCGAGAGUGUCUCUUGACCUCAGGCUAGAUGGACCUUACCUACUUUCAAUAUUUACUGAAAAUGCUACCUACCUACAUACCUGCACAGGAGAUUAUCGUACACCUAGGUAUCGUAAACUCGUAUUUAUUUGCACCGGAAUCUCCUGACACCAACCAUCACGUCCUACUAUUUCCCCUCACGCACAUAAAUCCGGCAAUCAUAAGUGAUUCUCCUCUUUCCAAUAUUGCCUCUCCUAUGGACAGACGAAUGAACAACGAGACCUGCAGGCAGUGUAACCCGAUCUCAAUCUUGUUUUAACCACUUCGAACGCGCAAGCUCCGCGAAUCUCCCUAGAGUGAGGGAUUAUCCGUGGGAAAACUUCGGAUAGCCUAAGACACGUCGAACGCCGAUGAGGCCA